AUGAUAAGCGAGCUGUUCACGUUGAUCGUCCUCGCCUUCAUCCUCAUGACCUUCCAUCGCGCCGACAUUGCCAAGGUAUAUUUUUUGAAAAAAAAAGAUUGGAGGCCUUUGGAACUUGAGAAUGUGGUGCUAUGACAAGAGCGAGUUUUCGAUUUGCGAGGAGUACGGUACGCGGAUAUGCGCAUUGAGUGCAUACACUUUGCGUGUUUACACUUUAGUUGCGUGACGUCACCGGUUAGGACAUCUCCGGGUUUUUUGUUUUUUUUUCGAAUAUUUUCAACUUUUUUUUUGAUUUUAUCAAUAUUUGAUAUUUGCACGAUAAAAAACAGUAUCAAGAAAAAAAAAUUGAAAAAUAUUCGAAAAAAACCCGGUGACGUCACGCAACGAAAGUGUAUGCACUCAAUGCGCAUGGCCGCAUACAGUACUCCUCGCAAAUGGAAAACUCGCUCUUGUCGUAGCACCAAAAAAACGUUGUAGAAAAAAAGGCGCCUUUGAGGCCUUUCUAAAGCUCCUUUUUGAGACCUUUUCCGACUUUCCCCGUGAUAUUCUCUCUUUUCAGGGUGGCGAAGGUGUCCCGUUCGCCGGUCCCUACCUCGACGAGCUCUACAAAGAUUCUUGAUGAAGUUUACGGAAGAGCAGAACAAGAAAAAGUUUUUCCUCAAGUCGAAUUAUUUGAAAUGAAGUUAUUUCAAGGAAAGCUGACCGAAUGAUUACGAUGCGCGUCACGGAAUCGCCAACUCUCGCCGAGACGGCGAAACCCAUCCAGAGCAAGGAAUUGAAAGAUCAAAUCACGACGGAAGAAGAGGUGCUGGGAGAAAACUUGAAAAUUUUCGAAAUUCAUCGGUUUUUCUGAAGGAGAAAGGAUGAAAUUGAUGAAUUUUGGUAGAAGCUGGAUUUUUCUCGAAUUUUCGACAUAGUACUUGGAAAAAAGAACUUGACUUUUUCUGAAUUUAAUAGGUAGGAAUUUGGAAGUUUUCCUGAGUGUUGAAAUAAAGAAAAUAAAACAAAAUUAUGAAUUUUGCUAGAAAAAAUGCCAAAAAUAACGGUUUUCUCAAAAAGUACAGAUUUUGCUUAUCAGACGCCUUUCUUUUUUAAUGGCCAGGGUGUAGGAAACCAAACAAAACAUUACAAUUGAGGUUUUUCCAUGUUGAGAUAAAGUAAAGUUUUGAAUUUUCUAAAUCUAAUCACUUCCUAUAGCUUGGAAUCUUUCUCAUAAGGUCUGAAACGGGUUCGAAAAACCUUUCUGUGGAUAUUAUACGGUUAUUUCCCUAUUUUUAUCAUGUUUUUUCAGGAGAAAACCCAGUCGGCGGGAGAACCCAUCGUCUUUGAAACGUUUGAGCCGACGAUGAAGGCGCCCGGUUGGUUUUAUUUCUUAAAGGAACUUUUUUUUUUAAUUUUUUGUUUUAUAGAACGCAAGCAUCAUCACCACCGGGUGCACCGAACACGCGAAGAAUCGGCGUCGAUGGUGAGGCACGUCGAGUAGAAUUCGACGACGCCAUCGCUCCUCAUCUCCAUUGCAAAAUUUAUAAAUAACUGACGACGACUUUUGUUUUUGUUUUUCUCGAUUUGUGGCAUUUUCUGCCGUUUUCAUUGUGGUUUCGAAGUGCUUUCCAUAAAUGGGCUCGAUUGCCUUUAAUUCCUGUUGUGGGUUUUGUGGUUGAAACGUGCCUUCUACCGUGAUUCGAGUAAAGAGUUUGAUACCAAAAAGCCCACUCAAGGGCCCACUCGAAGACGAGAAAUGACGCUGGAGCGCAUGUCGCUUUGAGGAAUUUACGGUCGGGUUUUUUUCUUUAUUUUUAUAUUUUUCUGUCUUUUUCACCAUUAUUUUCAGUUCUGAACAUGUUCUAAUGUUCAAAGUGAUUCCGCGAAAAGCAAAAUAUCCGUCAGAGAGGAAAAAAAAUAACUAAAGUUUUGGAGAAUCUGAGACAAUUGUAACUUUCGAGGUAAUUACGUUGGACACGAGAAUUUUUAAACCGGAUUCUGUGAAGAAUUGAAACGAAAAGACGAAUUUUGAUAAGGAAAAUCAGUUUUCAAUGUUCUUCAAAAAUGUGCGUUUUAAACUUCGCUUCAAAAUCUCAUUUUAGUCUCAUUUCUGAUUCAUCCGUAAAAGUUUCGUAGUUGAAGCUGGAAAAGUUAUCCGCAUUUUUUUGUUUAUAAUGAUUUUCUCAUUGAAGCUUCUCGAAGAACUACAGCUUCGAUCUUUUUUUAACGUCGAUUUUGUAUUCCAGAUUAUGUUGCGAGCGAUUCUUCGCGCUGGCGGAGAAGUCGCCACCGUUUCGCGGAGUUUCGCGACGUCUUCCGCUUCUUCCUCCACAUUUUCUCCAACUUCUGAGCCUAUACCUAAAGUUUCUCCCGAAGAUUUGUCGGCCGAAGACAUUUGGGAGCGGCGAUUGAAGUUGAGGACGCCCAAACUUCAACGUGAUGAGAAGUUAUCGUCCAAGGUUCUGUUUAUAAUUAUUUGAAUUGCAAAAAUGAAUAGACUUCUUUAUUUCUUUUUUUCAUGUCUGUGUUAGGAAAAGGCGUCACGUUUUUUAAUAUUUCUCAAGUCAUGCGAAUUUUACGCAAAAAUUAUUUCGAACUUUUUGAACUUUCAAAAGUUUUCAUGAACAGUGACUGAACAGAAAAUGGGUUUCAAUAAUAAUUUCAGAUUUCCGGACUGUUAAAAAUUGAGUUUUGAUGCGUUCUCUGUUCAAUUUUUCCGUUAAAAUUUUUUUUUUUUUUUCAAGGUCUUUAAAGCUUUACCGAUGAUGGUUGGACAGAAAAAUGUACGAAAAUAUAGAUUUCUUAAUAAUUUUAGUGCUCUAAAGUGUUGGAAAGCAGAAAAAUUUUAAGUUAAUUUGAAUUUUGUCCUGUUUUUCAUAGUUGAGUACAUUGAAAAAACGAAUCAAGUGAAGAUUUGAAGGUUUACUACGCGCCGGAGUGGGCACUCGACAAGAAGCCCAACCGAGACGAAGGAUUUCCGGAUCCGUUGAAAAAUUACGGGAUGACCCCGGAAAAAUGGGAAUAUUACAAUAAGGUUUGUUGGAGGAUACGAUUCGUUUUGGUGGUCUUGAAAUUCUUGCUAAUAGAUUAUUUUCUAGGAUUCGAAUUUAUCUUCUUCUCAAGUUUUGAACUCAUUCUGUAAGGGCUUUGAAGAUCUAUUUUUCGGUGAAAAAUGAUUAAAAAAAUUCGGAACCUUCUUUUUUGUUUAAUUUGAAAAAGUUCUGAAUCGUAUAGCUUGUUCACGGCGGACUUGAGCCAUUGGAAAAAAGGUCCUGACAAGAUAAGGAGAGACAGUGCUCGAUUAGUGGAGAGCGCAGACAGGCCACACCGUCUUAACGUCCCAAGCUAGCCGUGAAUCAGCUAUAGAACCUUCGAAAAAGUGGUUGAUACGAUUUUUCAGUUCUGAAAUCAAUUCAGGUCGUCUGGCCGCCAAAUUACGUUGUUCCGGAAACCGGGCUGCCCAAAUCGCGUGAAGUUUUUCAUUGUCGCGAAUCGGUCGGUUUUCGAUUCGAAUCCGUUUUUGCCAAAGGAGGAUUUCAAUGAAGUUUUGUAUCUUGUUAAUUUAUAUUUUUUGUUUUGUUCAUUUCUAUCUUUUGUUCCUGGUUUACAUAGGCAAUGUUGGAAGGUGAGAAAAGGCCCCUUUUUGCUGCCCUUUUGCGCCAUUUUCUCGGCCCUUAUGCACCAUUUUUGCUGCCUUUUUCCACCAUUUCUUAAGCUUUCAAAUCCCAGAAAAAUGGUCGAUAAAGGGGUUUUUUUGCUGCCUUUCUGCGACCUUUUUUGAGCCUCUUCCUUUCAGCGGCAAGACUAUAGAGAUUAUAUGGACGACAAGAAAUAUAAUGCUAGUUUCAAGAAAAAUUGCGCAUAAUUCCGAGAUAUUAGUAAAUAUACAGAUUUUUUUCAGAUCGCUGUCAGUUUUGGAACAGGAAAAAGUUUCAUUAGCUGUUUGAAAAAUUGAAAAAAAUUUUUUUCACGAUUAAUAACACUUUUCUGAACUUGGAAAUGUGUCCUUUGGUUCAGGAAUUUCAUGAAAACCAUGUUUUAGAAACUUACCUCUUAAUUUUGUGAUACCUUUGCUUGGUGUCUGUUUUCUAAACUGUAAAAAAAUUGUUUCUAGAUGAAAAAAAUCAUUUAUAAUUUUCAAAGAGCCUUUCGAAAAUAAUAAUGAAGGAAAAUACCUUUCAGAUUCAUUUCUCACCGAGACGAAUGUGGUACGCCUGUCAGUUGGUGUGGAAAAUGAACGUCGACGAGGCGUUGGUUCAGUUGGAAAUGCAGCAACUCAAGGUUCAUUCCUCAUUUUUAUUUGACACGGGGAGUGCAAAAGGUGGUGGGUUGAGAAUUUGAUGAAACUUGGUAUAUAGGUACUCUAGGACAACCUGAUUCCAAUAAAGUUGAGAAAAAAGUGCGCCUUUUGCGUUCUAGUCGAGUUAUGGCAUCUCGAAGUUGUGAGAGAUUGAAAUAAUCUGUGAAUUUUUAUAGAAAUUUCAGUUUAUACGCUCUGAAAGAACUCAAAAAUAUGCUGAUUUUCUUGAGGAUAUGUUACUAAGAAUAGAUCUAAAAAUAUAAAGUAAGGUCUGGUAAUAAAAAUAGGCAGAGGAACAUCGAUACCGAGCUGAAAAAGUUAUAAAAUCCAAGGUCAGACGGGAAAGAUCUUUUUAGAACCCGAAAAUGUCCCGCUAACAGAAAAAUUAUGGAAAAAAGCUUUUUGAGCUCAUUUUUUAUUGGCAGUGGACUAUUUUUGGAUUCACUGAAUUCUUUUUACUUGCUUUCGAGCACCUAAUCUUAAAGGAUCUGAAAAUAAUGCAGAAGCGAAGAAAAAAGUCUGCUGGGGACCCUUAGAAGAUCUUUUUUGAAAAAGCUUCAGAAAAGCUGUUCCUUCAUAAGUUAUACAUAUUCGGAUAUACAUAUUUCUUCUUUUUUGAAUUUCACAGCAUAACAUUUUCUAAACGUUAAUAAUGGCCUUCUUAAUGUGCCACGACUUGAAAUUUCACGGAACGACAUUCCGCUGUUCCCCUGCGCGCCUUUAGUCGCGCUUUUCUACCCAUCUCGCCUUAAAGUUUGGAAAAAUUGACUAUAAUUUAUCUGGAGACUCGAAAACUGGAUAGAAAAAAAAAUAAGUGGUUGACAGGGGAAAAUCCCCAAGGAGCUGUUAGGAAUGGACGGGAAAACUGAGAAAAAAAAGCCUCACCAAGCUUCUUCCAAUUGGUCAUCACACCUAGUCUGUGUGCCACGACUUGAAAUUUCACCGAACGACAUUCCGCUGUUCCGCUGCGUGCGUUCGCGAAGCGUCUUUCGAAUCUAGGUCACGCUUUCAAUGGAUUGGUAUUGCUGUGGGAGCAUAUGAAAGUAGAGUACCUUAACAAAAAAUUUAAAAAGUUAAAAGCGCGACUAAAGCGUGCAGCGGCACAGCGGAAUGUCGUUAGGUGAAAUUCCAAGUACACAGACCGCAGUGAGCUAUUGGCUGUCGUUUUCGGCGCACCCCUGAGGCAACCCGUCGGAAAUAAAGUUUUUUUUUUUGAUAUGGUGAAUAAUGAAAAUUUCAACUAAUCGUCGAUUAUUCUUCAUUUCUCAUUUAAUCUUCACCAUGAAACGUAACCGAUUCAAGUUUCAAAGCGCUAUUUUCAGUAAAUAUUGCUAUUCAACUUCAAUUUUGACGCGUAAUUUCUUGAUUUUAUCGUUAAUCGCCGGAAAAACGUUAAAUUUCCUCGUGAUUUUCGAUCACCACAAAACUUAAAAAAAUCUUCAAAACGAUCUAAAAAAUGAUUUUCUCGCUAAUUUUUUUCUCGAAAAAAUCUUCGAAGCCAUCUAAAAACCGAUUUUCUCCAUGAUUGGUCCACAAAGCUCGCGAAGUGUCUUUCGCAUCUAGGUCACGCUUUCAAUUGAUUGUUAUUGCUGUGGGAGCACAUGAAAGUAUAGUACCUUAAUAAAACAUUUAAAAAAAUUGAAAGCGCGACCAAGGUUCGCAAAGGCGCGCAGCGGAAUGUCGUUCGGUAAAAUUCCAAGUCGUGGUACACAGGAUAUACUAAAUCAGUGGAAGUUCAGGGCUGCUCAAUAUUGGGCGACGUGCUGAAAAAGGCGAAACAACGGGCCAGUGACGAGUUCCACAUCGAAUAUCCGUCCAAGAUGUACGUCGCCGACGCGUUUCCCAUCCAGAGCCAGAUUAUCAAAGGUUUACAGAUUUGAAAUUGGAUUUAUCCUUGUUCAGAAAAUUGAUAUUCCUUCAAGGUCACUUAAAGCCUAGAACGUCUUGUUUUUUUAACUGUUUAUUGCAUCUUCAAUGUAAGAAUACAGUACCGUGCAGUAAGAUAUACAAUUUCAAUAUUUUCGUUAUAACUUUUGCAGGAGUUGUCCAAUUCCAUUGUUGAAAAACGCUUGAUAAGCAUUCAGUUUGUGUUUCAGAGUGUAAACCAUAGAAUUGAACUCUAAAAUCCGACAUGAAUUCGAAUAAACUCCUUCCAAUCAGAUCAUGAGUUCAGCCUUUUCGGCUUUUGAGCGGCUUUUUUUUUGGCUUUACUUGUUCCAAAUACUCUCUGGUACUGUUAAAGAUUUCACUACAGCUCUAAUUAUAAACUUUAGAAUAAAAAACUCCAUCGAAAAAUUCGAGAGGGACUCGAUAAUCCGAAAAUCACAAAAAAUCAAGUGCGUCUGGACUUAAAGCUUUUUUGAUCUGGGUAACAGUUUUACAGUGAAGCAAUUAGUGUUAAAAUGAGCUCAAAGCUUUAGUGAAAUAUAAAAAAGUCUUCAAUAACUGUUUCCUAUCGUGAAUCAACCAAAAAAAAUUUUUGAAAUUUUUUUUUUGUUUUUGGAGAUUCCGUUGAUUCCAGGUUUCAAGCUGUAACUUUCUACAACAAUCAGCUACUGAGCUGAUUUUUCUGUGUUAACAUACUGAAUAUGCAAGUAACAACUGUAGAAAGUUUGACAGAAAUUGGACAACUCCUGCAAAAGUUAUAUCGAAAAAAGUGAAAUUGUAUAUCUUACUGCACGGUACUGUACGUACACAAUCGACUUUCAUUGAUUUAACUGUCUUUAAUUUUUUUUUUUUUCGAAAAUUGUCGCAUUUUGCACGCGCAAGAACUAGUUUUUGAAAUAAAUAAAAAAUUUUGCAAGGCUUAGUGACCACUAUAAGAGUUGGUAAAUUGGCCCCUAGAGGGGACCCUCCAAGGGCCCUUAUAGGUACCACUCCGGAGUUUCCAAGUUUAACACAUUUUUUGAUUUUCCUAAAGACAUCGUUGAAAGUUUAAGUGCAAAGCUAAAAAUUAAAUGUAAAAAAAAAAAAAUAUUUAAUUUGUCCCUGUAACAGCAAGUUUGUCGUAAAACAAUUCAAUUUUUCUUUUUUUCAUAUGUAAUUUUUGAAGGCAGUCGACGGCACGCCCACGAAAACUGGAACACGAUUCGUUACCGUUACAUCAACAUCUUCGUGAGGCUCGAAGAAGGGCCCGCGCCGGGCUUCAAGGCCCGCGAAAAGCCCAAAACCGGCUGGGACAAGAUGGACGACUAUUAUGAGUACCUCCGGUCCAGGGACCUCAAGUACAAGAUCUAG